CGCGUCUGGGGAACUCGAAAGCGGAAAAAAGGAUUACAAAAAGGAAAACUGUUUCCCUUCAUGGAUUAAAGGAUUAACAUUGUUACAAUCAAGCCCAAGAACAAGGAUUAUAGUGUAUUUUAAAGGAUUAUAUUUUCUGUGGAAAUUGAAAUGCUCGUUUAAAGUGAUUAACAAAAAUUAUAUGAUACUGAAAGCAAAGAGAGAGGGAGAAGAAAAAAAUAAUUAAAAAAAUACAUAAAAUGAUAAAUGAAUAAAAUAUAAAAUUUAAUUAAAAUAGACAUUUAACAAAUAAAUUUCGCUUCAGACAAUAAAUUAAUGUUUUCUGCUGCUAAAUGCUGUGGCGAGUGAAGGGAGUCUGCUCUGCUAGUGUUAAAUGCUAAAUAAUUAAUCAAAUGAAUGCCUCAAGUGUCGGCAUAGUGUUUCGUUUGCCAUAAGUGUUGCAUACGGGGAGGAGCGGCAGUGUGUGUCGUCUAUGAAGCAAAAGCCUUUGGGCGUAUGAUUAAUAAUUCAUUAAAAUCAUCAUCGUCAUUAAAAACUCAUACGCCAGUGGGUACCACAUCCCUCACAAGUGAGAUUAAUGCCAAAUCGAUGUUGAUGUAAACACACACAUACAUAUUUAUACAUAAAUACAAAUUGCACAUGUAUGUAUGUAUGCUAGUACAAUGGCACAGAUAUAGUGACAGUGUCUGCAAAUAUCAUUAAUUAUAGCAUCCAUUUUAAUCAAUUUGAUUUAUGUAAAUCAAUUGCCGAAGAGCCAUCAUCAGUGAGACAGUCGGUCGGUCGGUGUCUUUGCCAUUGUUGUUGUUCUUCUCAUGUUAAAUGGAAAUUACUGUUAAAUGUAAAUUUAAUGCAUUUUGUCUGUGCGUGAUUCUUUAAAUAAAUAACUGUAACGAAACAGAUUGGAAAUUGUGAAGCAAGUUUUUCCGCAUUUUCAAGUGGAAUAUCAAACAAACAUUUAAAUGUAAAUGGGACAUCCAGUCAUGUAGCUGCACGAGAACAAAAAAACACGUACAUCCAUCAUAGUUGCCAACACGAACCGAGGCUAGAAAGAGAGAGCGAGAGGCGACAACUGAAGAAAUACAAUAAAAUGCCAUUUUCAUGUCCUUACGUGACUCCCACCCAACACAGAAGCGUGUGUGAAGGCGAACGAACACAACAAUGAAAUGUUUUGCAAACAAUGCUCGAGAGAACAAUAAUUUUUAGCAAAUCUUUUAAUGUUCGAAUGACACAGAGGCCAUCAUCAGCAUCAUUAUUGUCGUCACCGAAAAAAAGAACAAAACUUGACAAUAAUACGAACUGAAAAAAAACUUACACGACAAAUGAAGCCAAGUGCACAGCAAACAUGAAAUGUCCCAUCUUAAGUGGGUCCCAACGUCAAAAUUAAUUGCUGCUCCUAGAUUUGUUAAUGUACUCGAGCGUCAAGAAAACGAAGGGGAAGGAGAAGCAAAAGACGCCAACUAAACUGUAGUGAACAGAACAGAAGAGAAUUGAAAAGUGGCAUGCUCUACUACUUCAAUGAUUAGAACAAAACGAAAAAGACGAGACCAUGUUUUCCGAGCACAAACAACGAAUGAGUAAUCAAAAACACCAACAGUCACCGAAAAGUCUGAAGAAUGUCCUGACCUGCCUACUUGUUACAAUACUGCUGCUGUUUGAAGGACAUGGCAUAGGGGCAACACCCAUAACUAGAUUAAGAAGACAACAGCAGCAGCAACAGCAGUCGGGGUCAUACCAUCAGCAUCAUCAAAAUCACAAUCUUCCACAACAAUUAUUGCAGCAGCAGCAACAGCAACAACAGCUGUAUGAACAUGAACAGCAUCAUCAUCAUCGCCAACAACAACAACAACAGCAGCAGCAAAAGUUUCAAGAAACAAGUACUCCGGAUUGUGAGCACAAAAGUUUGGUUGAACUCAUCAAGACUAGUCCCAUAAUACUUAAAGCUUUGGGUUCCCACAUAUUUAGUCCGGCCAGCAACAUCAACGACGGCGACGACAAUAACAACAACAACUAUGAUGAAGAUCUCCAUGUCGGACUUGGUGACGAUGAUGUGUUAUUAUCGUCCUGGCAAAGUGAACAAAUUCAAUUUGCCAGAUACAAAGCGACUUCAUCAUCGCCAUCGUCAUUGUCGGGUUCAUCCGUCUAUCCAGCCUCCCAGUUGCAUGCAAAAAGUCGUCUGCUGGAAGAGCAGAGACAAAAGGCCAGCGAGCUGAAUUCCCUUGACAUGAUGACGGCAAAAAGCGACGCCCUUCUGUCCUACUCAUCCUCGAAUAGCGAUGCCCUUUUAAUAACAUUGACACCGGACACCAUCUACAAAGGAGCCUCACUUCUAAAAACGGCAACAAAUGCCGCAGUGACUCCAGCCAAUACUCGGAAUGCAGGUAGUUCAGCUUUUGGCAGUAACGGUGGUGGUGGUGGCAGCAGUGGUUCCAAUUCUGCUGAUACGGCCGAUGCAGCCAAUGAUGGUGACACAUUGUAUUCAUCGUCGGAAUCUGCAGUUGAAGGACAAUUAAAUGCAACCAUAGAACCAUUAUCGUGUUUCGAUGAAAACUUAUUAAAAAUGUUGCCGACUGAUUUAAUUAUUUUCGGUGAAUUAAUAACAAUGGACCAGCAACAACAACAGCCCAACCACCAACAUCAGCAACAAUCACAUCAACAGCCUUUCGACCUAUUGAAUGCCCCCCGUCACAGUUACUCAAUGGAAACGUCACUUCCAUCCUCAUCGUCAUCCGUCCAUCAGCAGUCGCAGCAGCAACGACAAAAACAACACCAGCCAUCACAACAAACAAAACAAAUUCUGAGGGUCAGCAUAAAUGGCCUACACCGAUGGUCAGCACAAUUUGAAAGUUUCAUUUGGACACAUUUGGGUUGGGAUGAUUGGAGCGAUUUCACCGUUUGCAGUGUGGCCUGCGGCAAGGGUGUUCAGCAACGUUUCCGCCGAUGCCUUCUCGAUAAUCCCAUGGUCGAUAUGAAAAUGAAUUUCAAUGAAAUCGAAGAAGAAGAAAUCCAAGCCGAAGAAGAGGAGCUGGAGGUGGAGGAGCAAGUGGAACAGUAUGACGAUGAUAAUGAACUGAGCGACGAUGACUCGUUGGGAGAUGCCGAGGAGGAGAAACAAUAUGAUGAUAUUGACAGAAUGAUAUUUGAGGAUGAUGAUGACGAUGAAAUCAUUGAACAGCUCAAAGCUAUCGACAACUAUGACAGCGCCGAUGAUGGUGUGCGUUCAAACGAUGUUGGUGUAGGUGCCGGUGCCGGUGCUGGUCAAGCUGUUGCCUUUGGCUUUAUAAAUGAACGUUAUAAAAAACCGGAUGUUAGAAAUAAAAAGCAUCGUAGAAGAGCUCAACUAUCACAGGAUGUAGGCGGCGAGAAUGAUGGCGAGCAGGAGGAUGGCAUUGAAGUGCCGAGCCAAACGGAUGUAUACGAAGUGGACAACAAUAUGUUGCACUUUGUGACAGCACCAUCAGUGACAUUGGUAGGUGAAAAAACACAAUCACGAAAGGCAAAAAAUAAUCGCCAAACGAGAACAACAAAAGCAGCAACAGCAACGACUACAACAACUGAACAACCCGAAAUUAUGCGCAUAUUUGAGGGUGAUUUCAACGAUGUCUAUAGCGAACGAAUUUACAAUGAAAGUCCAUUUAAUGGUCCCCAGUUGUCCGAGGAUAAACGAGACUUGAAAAUGCACAAAAAAGGGCAGCGUUCGAAGCAUAGACGUCAUAAAUCAGCAAAAAUCGUCAGCACAAUGUUCUGUGAGGGCUACAACAUUGAACAGAGGACGUGUAAUAAUUUCGAAUGUAGUGAUGAUAUCAAUGAUUUAGUGAAGUUCUAUCGAAAAUAUCCCAGCAGCAGCGAGGAAACAAGCGCAACAUCAACGCAGUCAUUAAAUAACGAUUUCAAUACAGCGCCAUCAGCAUCUGUAGCAUCAUCUUCAUUAUCGUCCUCCUCAUCAUCGGCGACAGCGGCGGUUUGGCCUGCCACUUCUUCAGUCACAACAUCGGCCGCAGCAGCCGCUAGCUCCAAUGCGGCAGCGGCACCUUCGACACAAAUAAAUGAUUUGGGUUUGUGGAGCAGCUUUACCGAAAAUACAAAUACCAUAACACCAGUCCCCAGAAAUACUGGUUUUGUAAAGACAUGGCAUAAUUUUUUGAAUUUCACAAUUAUGCUGACAUUGCGGGCAAAGAAUGACAGCUACAAUUCGGCCACGACGACAACGGCAGCCACAACGGCGACAAUAUUCUCCAUACGCAACGGGACACACAAUCUCUACUUGGAAACGUAUCGAGAUGGUUUACACCUGUAUUUGGAACGAGAUAAAACCACUGAAAUGCUGCCGAUUCAAUUUAAUUUAUACGACUAUCGGUGGCAUCAAGUGGCCAUAAGCAUAAAAAAUGGUGAUUUCAUAACGAUAUACAUCGAUUGUUCCUGGUCGAACAGUUUUGUCGUUUCGAAACGUUUAUUUUCAUUGCCUUUGGAUGCCGAUGUUGAAGUUGGAAGGGGUUUCAAUGGUGAACUACAACAACUGCUGAUAUUACCACGGCUACAAGGACGUCGGCAAUGCUCCGAUAAGCGAAUAUCCAUAAAUGAAGUGAAACGUUAUAUAAUCGAUACAUUUAUCGGCGAUUAUGGGAAUUAAAGCCGGCCGACAACUUUUGUUCAACAAUAAUUUGUUAGUGACUUAAAUAUUUGUUUUAGUCUGAUUUCCUUUUGUGAAACGAAACAAUAAACUAGGAAAAUAUCCAACCAUACAUACAUACAUACAUGCAUACAACCACAUACAUUUUUGCUACAUAACUAAUCGCAUGGUCAUGGAAAAACAAAAAAACUAAGCUGAUUACCACGAGCAAAAAGAAAAUGCAAAACAAAAUGAAAAACUAAUGAAUAUCUUAAUAAGUUUCUGAGAAUAUAUUAUGAAUAUAUUUUUCAUAUAAGUUUAAGGCGAACAGAAAACUUUGCAAUACAAUAAAUGUAAUUGAUUAUAUAUUAUAACUACUAUUAUUAUAUUAAUAUUAUUAUUAUUACUAUGAUUAUAUACAGCCAUUAGUACAUACAUAUAUGUAUACAUUAUUGUGGACAGAAAAAAAAAAGAUGACGUAAACUAAGAGACAAAUAAAUCGAACCGUAAAACAUAAUAUUACUAAUAAAU